UGAUGAUGCAUCAUGAGAACCGGGAUCUGGGUUUUGCUUUUGAAGCUGAAGAAAUUGAACUCUCUUCCCGACUCCGAGAUGCUAUGGCGACUGAGAUGUGGAAUGACUACAUCAAUGAUAUAGCCGUCAUUUAGAAAGAGAGAGCACUACAGAGUGAAGAGAGAGAAUCCUUCCCCCAUUUCUAGAGAGAGAAAGUAGAGAGAGCAAUGCAAGAUCCGGCGAAUGAGCUCCUGCCACCGCCUUCUUCGCCGACAGCUUCCUCCAUCUCCUCCUCCGAUCUCGACACUGAGUCGACGGGGUCGUUCUUCCAUGACCGGAGCACGACGCUCGGAACCUUGAUGGGGGUGAGCUUCCCGGCGAUCACAUUCCGAGCGCCGUCCCAGCACCGGGACCCUGACCCGCCAUCCGCGGCCCCUUGUGGGAGCGUGACUGCACGGAAGAGCAAGAGGCAGAAGAAGGCCCCGCCACCGUUCACGGCCGCUGUCGUGGCCGAGCGCCGGAGGAGGCGGUGGUGGCGCCUCUGCCGGGACGACGGCGGGAGGCCGGCUUCGCUGGGGGAGUUCCUCGAGAUUGAGCGGAGGUUCGGCGACGGCGCAUUCUAUGAAGGCGCCCCGGCGGCAGAGCUCCAGGGCUCGGUGGCAGCCCAGCCGAGGAAUGGGAGGGUCCUGUUCGCUGACGGGAGGGUUCUGCCACCGCAGCCGGCCGACGCAGACGAGGAGACUCCGUCGGCGGCGGCUCUUCGCCGGUGUCUGGUGUCACUGACCGGAACCUGUAGCGGUGGCGUAGGAUAAAAAAGGCGUUGCUUGUUUGUCUGUUCUCUGUUUAUUUAUUAUCGGAUUUUGCAUUUAAUUAAAGUAAUGAGAAAUAAUUUAAGCUAUUUAUUGAUUAAUAUAAUUCUUUUUUUAAUUA